AUGCGCGUCGCCCUCCUCUCCCUCGCCACGGCUGUGGCAGCCAGUCCAAUGGCUGACUACCUGUCUUCCAUGGAACCACGAGCCGCCGCCAUGAACGACGGCAUGAUGAACAACUUCCGCUUCUACGCACAGCACGCCGCCGCCGCCUACUGCAACGCUGUCGGCCCCUCGCCCGGCGACUCGGUGGCCUGCGGCGGCGAGUGCGACGACGUGAUGCGCAACGGCGCCACCAUUAUCGACACCUUCUCCGGCCGCAAGACCGGCAUCGCCGGCUACGUCUCCGUCGACGACACCCGCCGCGAGGUCGUCUUCUCCACCCGCGGCAGCAACAACAUCCGAAACUUCAUCACCGACGUGCUCUUCCUCAAGCGCGACUGUGACUUUGCCCCCGGCUGCAAGAUGCACAUUGGCUUCUCCGACUCCUGGAACGAAAUCUCCGCCGCCGCCACUUCUGCCAUCAAGGAGGGCCUGGCCGCCAACCCGGGCUACAAGCUCGUCGUCACCGGCCACUCGCUCGGCGGCGCCGUGGCCGCCCUCGGCGGCGCCUACCUCCGCCGCGCCGGUAUCCCCGCCGACGUGUACACCUUUGGCGCGCCGCGCGUCGGCAACGACGCCUUCGCCAACUUCGCCAACGCCCAGGCCGGCGGCCUGCUGCUGCGCAUGACGCACACGGACGAUCCCGUGCCGCGCCUGCCGCCGAUGAUCUUCGGGUACCGCCACGGCGGCGCCGAGUACUGGCUGUCCAACGGCGGCGCCAUGCAGAACCGCUACCAGACCGCCGACGUCAAGGUCUGCACGGGCAUCGCGAGCGUCGCGUGCAACGCGGGCACGUUCGGCUUCGACAUCCUCGCGCACCUCCACUACCUGACCGACACGGCCGACUGCGCGCCGGUGGGCAUCCGGUGGAAGCGCGACGACGACGAGCCCUCCGACGACGAGCUCAAGAAACGUCUGACCAACUGGAGCGAGCAGGACCAGGCCCUGGUGAAUGGGAGCAAAUAG